CUGCCUAUUUUGACCGACUGAUGUCCAUCAUUCAUUCGGUUAGAUCUGCCAUGGUUGGUGCCCGUUGACAGCGACAGCUAAACUCGCCGAGAGCACUCCUCUCCAGAUACUGGUAGUAUCGUUGUGUUGCUUCAGCAAAAUGUCGUGGACAAGGAAAGAGUUUAUAGGGCCUGUGCCGCCUCCACCUUGUUUCACCCCGAAGUUCUCAGAGACAUGUACGAAAAAGCGGGCUUCUAACAAUGGCCAUGGCACUGAUGAUGCUCUCACUGUCACCCGAAUACUUGAAGCAGCUGAUAUCCCAUGCUGUAUGGUUGGGAUAUGUGCUCUCAUAUUUUAUGGAGCUGCCAGAGUGCGUCACGACUGGGAAAUCUGUGUCCCGCCACAUCUCCUUGAUAAAGUUGUAGCAUUGUUAAAGUCAGAUCCUCAUUCCGCCACUUACCACGUCGCGGAGCCCUGGGACACAUGGAGCUCAUCUCUAUUGCAUACUUGGCACCGAUUCAAACAUCAUGAAACCAACUUCUCUUUUGUCCUUGUUCCCGACAGGGAUGUCCACAUUGUCUGUGAACCCCCCAACUUCACUCGCAGCCUUCGAGGACUACCUUAUCCCAGACUAGACGUCUUUAUACAAAGCUGUCUAGACUCUGGAGAUGAACUACAGCUCUGCGAUGUGAUUGACGGUACUGACUUGCUGGAGGAAUGGGGAGAAAAGAACCUUGAACUAGACGGUACAAACGACGUCGAAUGGGCUAAUGAAGCAACUAGGAGGAGUGAUGAAUACAAAGGCGGGAAGUAUCCCAACUGGUCGCCUUUUGCAUGCAAUCGAAAAAGCAGAAGAGCUAUGUGGCAGUCCUACGUACGAACAAAGAGGGAUAGAAUGGAUUGGACCAAGCCGAGCCAUGUGUUUACUACCCAGUAUCAUAUUAUCGAUACUCAAGAUUCGUGGACUGUUCUCUCAGAUGAUUACUAG